AUGUAUUCGGAUUAUGAGAACGAUAGCGGCGACAACGAUGUUGUCGGUGGAGGAUUCCACGACAACCUAGGUGCCGCUGGUGGACGGCGCUCGGGUGCUUCCAGUUUCUUUGUAAAAGGAGGCACCCUGAACAUUGAUGAAGAUGAGACUAUCCAACGAGGUAAUAAAGGGCAAUCUACAGAAACUGCCCAUGCAGAGGGUUCAGACGACGACUUAUCUGACACUGAGGAUACCACAAUGGUCUACACUGCCGACACCAUUGAUCGCUUACUGGCUGAUGGCGCAGGAGGAUACGCAAAAGAAGGAGACACAUCGUAUGAUGACUCGUCAGAUGACGACGGUGACUAUAAAGUGCAUCCAGCAUCUGCGAAAACGAAACGGAUCGAUACAAGACGGCAAAAUAGGUAUGACAACACAAAGCGAGAGAAGGGAAUCACCUAUGACGCCGAUGACGUCCUGCAACCGCGACAAAUGGACAAAAUGUAUGGCAAGGGGAUGAAGAUGCUGAAGAAGAUGGGUUACACGGGUGGUGGUCUGGGUCGUGACGGCACGGGAGUCGUGGCACCCAUAGAGCUCAAAGCCACAUUCGAUCAUCGUGGAAUGCACAAAGAUCGCGACACGUCAAACAGAGAUGGCGAUUACAUGGGGAGAGUUAAGCAGCCAACCGUACGCGUGGUGCCUAUUGGCGUGUCUUACUCCAAUGCGUGGCGGAAGAAAAAGGUGUUCAGAUCCAAACAAGAGAGGCAAUCAACGACCAGCACCGUACAGAUCCCCGAACUUGAUCAACUGAUUAAAGCAUUGGCAGACAAAGUGCAGUGGUUCAGCGAGAAGGGUCGUCAAACCUACGAUGCGGUGGAAAAAGCGAAAGAUGCCUUGCGUAAAGCGGAACGCGAGCUGCAAGAGAAAGAGGGGGAACUAGCAGAGCAGGUAGACAUAAUUGAAGUUUCGGAAAAGGCGCUGCCUCGUUUUAUAAAAUUCUUCGAAAAUGUUGACAACGCUCUCAGCAACCUAAAUGAGACGACCGACAAAGAGGCUAUAAUAUCUACAUUCCGGAAUCUUGUGCAUAAAUUAUUAAGAGAAUGUGACGCUGAUUCGACGUCUUACUGUUAUUUAGGUGUCCAACUAGUCUGUGAUAAGUAUUAUAUUCGUGGACUCCAUGCACUCUACGCGGACUGGGAUAUCGCAAAGCAACCUGACAUGGGAGCUGAGCUGAUCCAAAGCUGUUUAGCAGGUGUGGACCCGUAUGGAUCAUCGUCAAAAACAUACGUAUAUUUCGAAAAGAUGAUAUACCCCAAAAUACAAAAGUUUUUCUCAGAGGACUGGGAUGUCGCCGAUACUGACGUGGGUUGGCGAUGCUUUAGAGGUUGGGCGUCAGUUAUGCGAUUGUUGGAUGACUCAAACUACAAUCGAACCAUUAGAUUUAACAGCCUUGUGGGGGAUAGACUCAGGGAAGUCAUCGAUAACGAGAAAACACUACACCUUUCUCACAUCGUCGUACAUCCUUUUUUGAGAUCCAUCGGUAUAGGGCUUUCCGAUAUUACAUAUAUUGAAUAUUUUGUCUCUGCAAUUUUGCGUAUGAUAUCUAAAUGCGUGGUCAGCGAUGUAGAUAAGUGUCUACAGCCCAUCAAAUCAUGGAGGUGCCUAUUACGCAGGCGUGAUGAGGACCAAAUCAUCCAACAUGUCGUCAAGUGCAUCAAAACUGAGCUCGAGCGCGUUGCUAUAAAUCCCCAAAAUCAGGACACGAGCGUGUUACAAAAUGUAUUUUUGUGGAUGAGCUUUAUAGGAAAGGAUCGCCUCUCCGAAGCCCUGUGCUGUAAUUUCAUGCGCAGGUGGUUGAAGGUUUUGAAGGAUUGGAUCACGCUUCCAACGGCUAAUUUCGAUGAAAUAAUCAUAUGGUACCAAGGCUGGAAAUCAUUCUUCCCGGAAGACGUUAUUAAAACCCCUGCGAUGGAGUCGUAUUUCAAAGAUGCGCUGAGAGAAAUGGACCGUGCAUCGCGAAAUGUGCUUAACACCCCAACACCACAGAGCACCCGCCAAAUUACGCCGAAAAAGAGCACUUCGGAAUCCAUAUUCACCAGCGUUCAGAAGCUGGGUGCAAUGAAGGGCGUUGUACCGAUAAAACGCCGUGGCAAAAUGUAUGACGGGAAACAAAUCUAUGCAUUUGGAUCUGUAAGCCUGGUUUUUGGUGACUGCAUUAUGCUGGUAAACGGCAACGAAGCAACACCCAUAUCGUUGGAUGAGCUUGCAAAAAUGAUAUAA